UAGCAUACCACACUGCCACCUUGAGCAAUCCAUGUAUUUCCAGUCGUAACAGCGACAGCGCAAAUACUCAGUAGACUGAAGUUCCGUUCGACUUCCUGACGAUGACCUGAGGCGUUGACCACUUCAAUCGAAGUCGAAUCAUCCCCAGCCUCGGCUGUUCCCACUUUCUCUACUUCCUUCUCGGCGGCCAUUUCGAUGGACGGGCCGGAUACGCAGAAGAUAGUAACUGGAUCUGGAGACGAAGAGACGAGACGGCAAGACGUAUAUGUCGAUAGAGGCGUACAAAUGAGAGGUUGUUUCCGAAUUAAUCAGCGAAAGACUGCUCUUGUGCUUGAAGUAAACGAAUCCAGGCGACGGAAGCAAUGGUGUAUAGAGAUCGACGAAGGAAUGACUGAAGUUUGCGGGUAUCGAAUUAAAUGGCAGCCUCGAAUAAUCAAUUCAGGAGAACGUAGGCCCAGACAUUGCUCCUUCGAUGACCGUAUGACCGUGAAGAAAAGUGAGUAUGAAGAUCAGGGAAGUGAGCAGCACUGGGAUGAGUCCCCGUUUAUAGUCGAUUGGGGAAAGACAGGCAGGACCCAGGCAGGGCACCCUCCUCUCUCUCACUAUACAGCAGGGAGUAGACAGUAUGAGACCGACCUAAAGACCCGGUGGUUCUCCAACCGGUGGAGCAUUUUGGAACCCUCAGAGGGAAACACUCCAAUCAUUGCCUGAAGAGACUGGCUGGUGGUGGCCAACCUGGACGGGAGCGGGUCGGGAAGGGCUUCUGACUGGCUCCCGCCGGUCACUAAGAGCAGCAGCACGCGGAGAGACACCAUUCCCAAAGGGGGAGCUGUAGCAGAUAUACCUUCAUCCGCAAUCCACUGAUCCCCUCGUGGUUGAGGUUGAUUUUAGGUGUGCGAUCAUAAUUUGGAUGGAAUGGAGU